CGCUCCCGAGCCCCUCCCUGGGCAGGUGCUUCCCGGGGGCGCGCAGCAGAGAAGAAGGAGGAGGAGGGAGAAGGAGAAGAAGGAGAGGAGGAAGGCGCCUCCCGAUGCGGCGGAGCUGAGCCAAGAAGAGACCCCCUUUCUCCCUCCCUUUCUCCCUCCCUCCCUCCCUCCUUCCUUGAAGGACCCCCGCCCCGAGGAAGAGGAGGAGGAAGAGGAAGAGGCCAGGAUGGCGAAGCCUCGCACGGAGAGGAACAGCUGGGGUGGCUUCUCGGAGCGGAGUUACGAAUGGAGCUCGGAGGAGGAGGAGCCGGAGGGCAAGGCGCGCCCAGUGCAGGUGCUGAUCGUGAAGGACGACCACUCCUUCGAGCUGGACGAAGCCGCCCUCAAUCGCAUCUUGCUCUCUGAAGCCGUGCGCGACAAGGAGGUGGUCGCCGUCUCAGUGGCCGGAGCCUUCCGCAAAGGGAAGUCCUUCCUCAUGGAUUUCAUGCUGAGAUACAUGUACAACAUGGAGUCGGUCGACUGGGUCGGCGAUUACAACGAGCCACUGACAGGUUUCUCCUGGAGAGGAGGGUCGGAGCGAGAGACGACCGGGAUCCAGAUCUGGAGCGAAGUCUUCCUGGUCGACAAGCCGGACGGGAACAGGGUGGCCGUUCUGCUCAUGGACACUCAGGGGACCUUCGACAGCCAAUCGACGUUGCGCGAUUCGGCCACUGUCUUUGCGCUGAGCACCAUGAUCAGCUCCAUCCAGGUGUACAAUCUGUCCCAGAACGUCCAGGAAGACGACCUCCAGCACUUGCAGCUCUUCACGGAAUACGGGCGGCUGGCCAUGGAGGAGACCUUCCUGAAGCCCUUCCAAUCCCUCAUCUUCCUCGUUCGCGACUGGAGCUUUCCCUAUGAAUUUUCCUAUGGAGCCGAAGGCGGGGCCAAGUUUUUGGAAAAGCGCCUCAAGGUCUCGGGGAACCAGCACGAAGAGCUCCAGAACGUGCGCAAGCACAUCCACUCCUGCUUCACCAACAUCGCCUGCUUCCUCUUGCCUCACCCGGGACUCAAAGUCGCCACGAACCCAAACUUUGACGGGAAGCUCAAAGAAAUCGAUGACGACUUCAUCAAGAACCUGAAGGUGCUGAUCCCGUGGCUGCUCAGCCCGCAAAGCCUGGACGUCAAGGAGAUCAACGGGAACAGGAUCACCUGCCGAGGCCUGGUGGAGUAUUUCAAGGCCUACAUUAAGAUCUACCAAGGAGAAGAGCUCCCUCAUCCCAAAUCCAUGCUGCAGGCUACCGCCGAAGCAAACAACCUGGCUGCUGUCGCCACAGCAAAGGACGCUUACAACAAAAGGAUGGAGGAGGUGUGUGGGGGUGACAAGCCCUUCCUGGCCCCCAGCGACCUACAGAGCCGCCACCUGGAGCUGAAGGAGGAGGCGGUGCGCCAGUUCCGCUCGGUGAAGAAGAUGGGGGGCGAGGAGUUCAGCCGGCGCUACCUGCAGCAGCUGGAGGCUGAGAUCGACGAGCUCUACGUCCAGUACAUCAAGCACAACGACAGCAAGAACAUCUUCCACGCGGCCCGCACCCCCGCCACCCUCUUCGUGGUCAUCUUCAUCACCUACGUCAUCGCGGGCGUCACCGGCUUCAUCGGCCUGGACAUCAUCGCCAGCCUCUGCAACAUGAUCAUGGGCCUGACCCUCAUCACGCUCUGUACCUGGGCCUACAUCCGCUACUCCGGGGAGUACCGGGAGCUGGGCGCCGUCAUCGACCAAGUGGCCGCAGCCCUAUGGGACCAGGGAAACACAAACGAGGCUUUGUACAAACUCUACAGCGCGGCCGCGACCCACAGACACUUGUACCACCACGCUUUCCCCACGGCGCAGAAAGCGGAGCCCGCCGACGGCACGGAAAAGAAGACCAUGUGAGCCGCGUCCCACGGAGGUGCAUGAAACCCGCGUCAUUAAACAUGUUAAUCGUUUUUUGCAUCCAUGUUGCCGCCAGCCUCAGAAAAAGGAAAGGCCACGGAAACCGGUCACCCCCUUCACGCAUACCAAUGGCUUAAGUGUGGCUGCUUUCAUUCGGACGAUUCCUUGCUGAUAACGGCAUGGCUGACCUUUUCCUUACGAACACGCCGACUUUUAGUUUUGCUGCACACCAAGGAGGCUUGGGCUCUCCGGGGGAAUCGCGGGACUUUGGCGAGGCGCAUUGCCAGAGAAGGCGCCCGCUUCCAUCAAGGGCUUGGCUUCCUCGGCCCUUCUCCGUUCGGCCGCAGGUUUUCCCGAUCCGAAACCGCCAAGCCCUUAUCCGAGAGGGACCACGUCUUCGUAACUUUCUCCAGUUUGCGCACAAUGAUUUCUCACGUUUUUCUUUCUUUUCCUUCAUCCAAGCUGUGAAUGACAAUGGAUUCACUUUGAAAAUAGAACAAGAGAGAGAGAUUGCCUUCGCGGGAGCUGCAAAGGAUGGUUUCUUUUGCCACGGGAUCUGAAAAGAGAUGGAACGUUCCUUUUUUUGUACAUGUGUGUUGGGAGUUUCACUGUAUAUAUUUCCGUUCUGUGCAUAAAAAGAGUGUGCCUAGUUUUUAUUAUUUUAUUGUCAAUUAAAAUGUUUGGUUCCUACGA